AUGGAAAAGGACUUGAAGGAGCAGCAGAUCUUUGCUGAAAGGGAAGGCCUUGAGCACUAUGCCCACCAGUUUGAAAACAACGAUUGGAAUGAAGACGAUGCCCAAAGUAGCUACAUUGAUAUCAAAGACAGAGGAGAUCGUCUCAUUGAGUAUGCGGACAAGCACCAGCUACAUCAGCAAGUGGUUCGAAUGGCUGCAACAAAUCUGCAAGGGGAUGCGCGAAUUCUGAAUUUUGAUUUCGAUGUCAAAAGCUUGCCAAAGAGGGAUAUGCAGGAUGCAGAGGAAAGCAGGCAUUGCCCUCUUUUCAUUGGCGUUCUCAGCUCUCAUUUUGUGCCCCCGAAAGAGGACAGUGAUGAUGUGAAAAUGAACCGCUUCAAACCUCCUAGCGAAUUUUUUGGCUGUGAUGAGCUCGGGCAGCUGUAUAUUCGGGGCCAGGCUAUCAAUGAUAGUUUUGGAGGUUUUCAACAAGGCAGCUGUGUUGGCCUGGAGCUUGACUACACAGGUGCAACUCCCAAGCUCUUCAUUUAUGUGGAUGGUUUUCGGACCGCCUGCAUUGACAGAGAGGUCGAAGAAAGUUCAGUGCCUUGUGUGGUCCUGGGCGCUCUACAGCAACAGGUGAAAUUCAACCAAGGCAGGCCUAGGCGUGGCAAGGGCAUUUUGAUUUCGCAGAAAGACACAAAACUGGAUGAAAGUUCCUUGGUGGUUGACAUUAUGUACGAUGUUUUGAGGGAUAUCUACUGCAUCAAGAGCCCAGAUGAUGAAACAGCGAUGAUCUACAAUGGCUGGAACUCGUGCGCCUCCUCAUCUGGCGCAGACUUCAGAAGUGAAUACCUGGAAAAGUUGAAAGCCUUCAAAUUGCCCGUUGUACCAAAGAAGUCGACCACGUGGUGCGUGAACGUGGCUUUGACGCAAGCGUUCAUUGAAUCUGCUCAAUUCGUCCGUGGUGCGCACGUGGCAUCCCAGAAAGCCUUCAAUUCCUUUUACACCAAUACCACCACCCACUUGCGGCGAAUGGUUGGAGUGGAAUGGAACGCCCUUAUGAAGGACGGAGACAAUGGUGAAAAGAAGGAUACAGGACUUGUUUCGAUUGACAUUCACGAGGACAUGGUGUAUGGGGCAACGCAGUUGUUUGUGUGCUUCAACGAGGAAGACCCUUCUCAAUUGACACCGGAGCAAGAUCCUGAGAUCACUUUGCGACUUCGCCUCACCCAACUCUAUCCUGUGAGAGAUGAGAAAGCACAACUGGGGAAGCUCUUUCGGCAUUUCAUUUCGGUUUGCAAGCAAGGAGAUGGGCAUUUGUUGAAAUAUCACCGUGUGGAGCUUCUGGCCCUUCGGGUCCUGAGCUUUCUAAGAAGUUCGGCACCUCUACGCGACUCGAUGAUGGCUGAAAAGGUUUUGCAACACAAAGACAGUGCCUUUGACAUCGCAGUGAGAUUUCUACAAACCUUCACUGCUGUGCUCCCAAUGUAUCGCAAGAUCUUCUUGAGAUCCGAUGUCUUUCGAUUUCUGGUGAAAUCCUUAGCAUAUGAAGACAUGGGCAUCUCCGGACUCCUGGUCAAUGUAUACCUCAAGAAUCCCGAUGCUUCCGAGCAUGUGACACCAUCCUUUGUCCGAGAAAUGAUGGAAGUGUUGAAGGAAAACUUAACUGCACGACCCAUGGUAUCCCUUGAUGCACUUCGCGUUCUCAAUGCCGUGGUCACGUCCAGAAAGGACAUCGAAAGCCGAAAAAAUGGGAACAUCGUAGCCAUGGAGUUCUUAAAGGAGAAUACGGUUUUUCGACUUGAAAGCCCCUUCAUCGCUAUGGCCAAAGAUGGCUUCCUAAGUGCAAAGAUCAACCUGAAAGACAACCGGGACAAAAUCAAAGACUACUUGGAGCAACUAGAGCUCAGAAAUCAAGCACGACAAGCUCUGAGAAGCGCAGCUGCACGUGGGGACAUGCAGGAGAUGCGAGAUGGCGAGACAGGGGAACGCAUGGAUCCGCUGGGGCAAGUGAGCAAGCUGGAACUUGGAACACAGCGAAUGUUUCCAACAACUUUUGCCUUGGCAUCCAUUGAACUGAUGUUGAAAUGCUCAGCCUUUGGUGCCAACAGGACAGUUUUGAGACAUUUUGCCAGGGAAGUCAUAAAGUGUCAACGGCCUGAGAUGGAAGACGGUGGUGAAGAGGACGACGAUGAUGACCAAGAGUCUCAGUACGGCAUGGCCAGGCAACGGUAUUUUCGCCACGUGGUCUACUGGCUGGCAUCUGAUUCUGAGCAAGAAAUUCCCCUUGUUGUGCAAGAUGCAUAUUUGAGAAUGGUUUGCAUUUUGUUGCAGCCACAUGAGAUCGAAGACAUGCUACAUGAUCGUUGGGAUGCAAGAUCUCAACGACUCCGGUUGAUCCCUGAGAAGCCAAGCCAUAUUGUCCUUUUGUUGAUUCAAUGGUUCACUCAGUACCUUCGCCGCUUCCCAGAACUGCAUGUCUUUAGUCCUCGUAUUUCUCCUGUGGUCGAAGCUAUCGAUGCGCAAAUCGCAUUCGCACUGACGCCAUAUUUCAUUCGAGACCAUUUGCUCCUUUUGCUGUUGGAAGUUCUAAAAGCAUACAAUGAGCAGAACGUGUGGAAGCGCUGGUGGGCCACAAACUUCUUGGCCUCUGGCGCAGCACCUACUGAAUUUGCUUUGGGAGGGCCAGCUGAUCAGCCACCAGGAGCUGACAAAGUGGCUCAAGAUUUCGAACACAUGGUCACGAAUGGAACCUUUGAACCGCAAAGUUCUUCGACCGAAGGUCAGGAAAAACAAGGGCGAGAAGAUGAAGAUCUUCAAGAUGGUCCGGACAUCCUUACACAACUUUGGACAGUCCUUUUUGAUCAACGAGAUUGGUGUCAUCGUGAAUGGCAGAUCGAUGAAGAGAUGUGCGUUUGCAUUCAGCAGAUUCUCGACCUUGGGCUUUGUGACAAUGAUCAGCGCACUCGGGCCUAUGACCUGCUGCAACGCAUCGGACCUGAAAAGACUUCCAUUACCAAAAGCAUCCUGAAGUCUGUGGCAUCUGAAGCACAUGACUCCGGUGUGACAGGUUUCCUCACUGCUCAGUUGCAACGUCCUUGGUGGCCUCAAGAACAAAGCGCUUUCAAGGAAGAUGUCUUCGAAGAAGUUGACGAAGGAGAUCAGGGAGACCAAAGAGAAGGAGAUCAUGUCUCCUCUCCUGAUGCUUCAGGAUUUGGAUUUUCAGCCUCAGCUUCUGGAGCAUUUGGAGCUUCUUCUACUGGAGCUGGUGAUGACUUUGGUGAGCUUUGGAAGGUCACUGCAGCAAGGGUUGGCCGCCAUGCGCAGACUUCAGCUCAGGAGAAGCUUGCAGAUCAAGAACACUCGAAGCCGUUUCGCAGCCAUUUUGGGCACCAAGAGCUCGCGGCGCAAGCGGAUGCCUUUGUGAUGCCACGAGGCUUGCAGAUGCCUUUGUCAACCAAGGUAGCCAAAGAGGAAGAGGACUUGAAGGACUUCAUGUAUGAGCUAGUGGAACUCGGUGAUGCGAAGCUGGCACAGAACCUUCGAAUUGAUGUAAACCUUUGGAGGAGACAACAACUCACGCAUCCCAGCUUUGAGCUCUUCGGAACGGAUGAGAAGAGUUGGAAUGUCCAUGAAGCCUUGCUGGAAUCGAUGCGGAGCUUGGGUAUGAAACUCUUUUUCGAAGAAAACGUCUUGAUGACCAUUCUCAUGGAAGUUCAUGUGACUAUCGAGACUCAAGACAUCAAAGAGGCCUUGUUUGCGGCGAAUGCUCAGAAUUCCCAUGCUAGUCAAGCCCAUGACGGUGAUAAGGACAUGGCCAUGACGGCCAUGAACCAGGUAUACUUUGAAGUCGAGGUUGAAAGAGGAACAUCUUCCUCAAGCGGGGAAGGUUCUUCAAAUCAUUCUGAGAUCAUUUUCUUGGAAAACUUCUCAUACGUCCUGGGGCGCAAGAAACUAUCCCUUCAAGUGCUUGGAGCGGAGACUGUCACCAUGAGAUCCCGAUGCUUAUUCGAUUCCCGUGGAGCAAAGGUCACAGUUGCCAAUCCGAGAAUCAUUGCUGUGACAAGUCCCCGGAGCUUUGACUCGCAAGUGAUUCAGAAAGUUGUGCAUCUUGGCAGUCAACAUCAUGCGCUCAGCAAUGAGCCAGGGAAUCAGAGUCAGAGCGCUCUUGAACCCAUGAGUGAGAAGAAGAAGAUUUCCCGGAUGGUCAUUCAUGAGUUCAUGCCGCGCUACCGAAACAUUUUGGUGGAUAUUGUAGAAGAGCAAUGCUUUGGCUUGAGCGGUGGAGUGUCUGGCCUUGAUCAUGUGAAACUUCAAAGGAUAUUGGAAGCAGAGCACCAAUACGUUGUUGCCAUGAUGAACAGAGCUUGCAGCUAUGUAAUGCUGGAGCACUUGCUCACAAAGCUUGACAUUGAUCGCAAGGAUUGGGAACUCCAGGUCCAGCAGACAUUCCCAAAUUUGACACGGGUUUUUGAAACCUUGAGCGAGCAUUCUGUUGAUGAGAUGACUGACUCUGAAGUCCCCAUCAUUCUCUAUCGAGAACCGGAAGAUGAGCGGAUGGACACUUUGAGAUCAUGGAUUCUGCGCAUUUGCCACGUGGUCAGGUCAGUUGCAUUUACAAACCAGCCUCGCUUAAGCUUCUCUGAAGAUGGAGCAAAGCUGGUCACAGAAGACGAAGAGAAUAUCUUUGAGAAGCUCUUUGAUGACACAGGGGAAAUGCUUUUGUCGAGAGCUUGCUGCGCAUCCUUACUGAACAUUUUGCAAGAAAUAUUCACACGACAGGAAGAUGUCGAAGAGGAAUGGGAAAGGUGGACGCCUUCACAACAGGUAAGUCACCAGUUCUUGAAGUCCUUUGUUGUGGAAAAGGCCAUUUUCUUCUGCCCUUUCAGCAUCGACCGGGAUCUGAAGAGAAAAGUUCGCCUGAGAUUGCUGAGGUUUUUUGAGGAUGCGCAAGUUGAGCCUACGGAUCCACUGCGUUUGGUUCCUGAAAUGCUGUACCACCCUGAUGUUUGGCUUCGAUUGGAGGCCCUGAAGUUGGGUUGCAAUUUAUUGGAGGAUGCUGACCUGAGUCUUCAGGCUGCCUUUCAGCAGUUUGAUUUUCCUCAGUUGAAUUUGCAGAAGGCUUUGGCGUAUCAAUUCUCAGAUUUUCAUUCCAACGAGCAACAUGGGGAAGAUGAUGUCCAAGUCAUCGGUGUAAUGCUGCGGAAGCUGCAAAAUCUUUGUGAAGGUCACAACUCCACGUUGCAAGCAUUUGUUGGCGAAGAUCUGUCCAUCGAAGGGAAGGACUUUGCAACACUCAUGGCAGAAUACUUGCAGAAGAGUGAGGAUGAUGACGACGAUGACCAGGAUCGCAAUAGCUUUCAAAAUCCCACGAACUUGGUGGAGUGGAUUUGCACUCUGGCAAGGCAAAGCAUUGAGCAGAUGAAGUCAGAUCAGCAGUGGCAAGUUUCAAUGAAAGGUUCGGAGAUCAAGUACUCAAUGCUGAAGCAGCUCUUUGACACGGCAGCAGAAAUUGUUCAGGGUCCCAACCGUGGAAAUCAGCGGUUGCUGUUGGAAAGCGAAAUCCUUCUUGAUGUAAACCAGCUAUGGAUGCGACAGCGCAUCGAUGAGUUUACCUUUCGAGCUCUAUUGCAAGACAACGAAGAAUUGUUUGAACCCUUUAUGAAAUUGUUGGAAUCCAUGCGGCUCUGUGAGAUUUCGGUGCUGAAAUUUCUGAUGAGUUUGCUCGAGGAGGAGGAGCUCGACCCCGAAGACCCGAAUUUCCGGGAGGUUUCGGAGGAACUGGUGGAGCAUAAAGGAACAACCAUUCGGCGGAUGGUCGAAGAGUUAAACCCGAAGAUCAUCUGUGACAAGGUGAUCAAUCAUUGGAACCUUUCUCCAGAAUCCCGUGAUCCCAUACAUUUCAUCAGCCCGGUGCAAGAUGCCGACGAAGUCAUUGAAAAUGACACCGCUGAGCAGAUCAUACUCACCAAGGGAGAGAAGGAAUCCACUGACUAUCCACUUGAGACCCAGGAAGAGCAUUCGCUAGAGCUUUGCUUUCUUUGUUGGGCUCUCUUCGAGGGUAUUCAGCAAUCACCGGAGUUUGGCAAUCGCGGCUUGUUUGAGGGAACACUAGAUCGUGGGCAAACUGCCAAUCUCGUGCUGCAUACACGCAAUCAGUGGGCAACUUCAAAGUCCAAGAUUUACGACAGCUUUAAUGAAGCAGUCACAAAGAUGCACCACAGCAAGUAUCUUCACUUCCUUUUUGGUCGGGUGGAGAUCAUCCGAGGACAAAGGUUACAAAAGCUGUUCUUCUUGGUGCCCAAGGCCAUCAGAACUUUGAAAGCUCAGUCAUUGAUCAAGGAUUGGCAGAACUCUUGCACAAAUUCCGUGGACAGAACAGGUCCUGAGGCAAAGUUGCAAGACUUUUCAGAGCAAGUGCGGGAUGAAUACAUUGGAUUUGUGGAGCAUCAGUACAAUUUGAGCCAGAAGCCAUUCCCACUGAAUGCCUCUGGGGAGGUCAUGGCCACAGCGCGGAGUGCCAUUGUCUUGCUGACCAUUGGCAUCACCUCUGUUGUGGCCUUCCUUUACGAUGGCUCCUAUUCCAAAGAUCACAAAAUGGGUGAGUAUGACGUACAUUACACCAAGAAAUGGUAUGUGUGGGUCUUGACUUCACUCAGCACUGCUCAUUUCGUUUGUGCAGUGCUCUUGGUCCUAUUUCACAUCGUUGCAUACAGUCAAUGGAAGAUCGAUACAGGCUUGGACCAAUGGAAGGAAGACAACCCACAUUCCCACCACCGACUGAAUGGGAUCUUUGGAGCAAUUUUGAUGCUUUGGUUCUUCUUCCAGGAUGCCGGUUUGGUCAGCAAGCUCUUUUUGGCUGGAACAAGCUUUCUUGGGCUUCAUGUAGACUUCCUGAUCUAUUCCCUCCAUUUGAUGUAUGCCUGUGCACAAGUUGAGACUUUGGGAAAAGUCUUUGAAGCCUUGUGGAUCACCAAAGAUCAGGUGGUGGGCACGGCCGUGCUGGGAUUUUGUGUCCAAUACUGUUUCUUAGUUUUGGGUUUCCUCACCUUUCCCAAGGGCUACGGCUUCGCUGACAUGGAUACCUCGAAGUGCUCCUCCUUGAUGGAGUGCUUGCUGGCUCAUCUGGACUAUGGUUUCCGCUCCGGGCCCGUUUGGGCCACCGCGGAACUGUCUUGGUGGAAGUUUGCCUUCGAUUAUUUGUACAACUUGGUGGUGAUUCUCAUCCUGGCAGCGAUUAUCUCAGGUAUCAUUAUUGAUACCUUUGCAAAUAUGCGUGCUGAUCUACAGGAGAAGAACGACGACCAACAGAACAACUGUUUCAUAUGUGGGAUCAACCGUUCAACCAUGGAGCGCCAGAUGGUCAAAUUCGAGCACCAUGUCUUCCAGGAGCACUACAUGUGGAGUUAUGCUCGGUUCUUGAUGUAUUUAAAGCAAGCGAAGGACUCUGACUUGAAUGGCCCUGAGUCCUACGUGAAAGACCGGAUUUCCAGGCAGGAUUACUCCUUCUUCCCCAUCAAUCGAGCCCUUUCGCUCGACUCUGAUGAUGAGGAUUAUUCGGAACGGCAAGUUCGUAUCAAAGAUCUGGAAGAAAUGAGAGGAGUUGUUCGUCAAUGCUCAGAGAGCUCACAACAAGUGCUGCAGCUGAAGCGUGAAGUGAAGACCGUCCUGAAAGAGUCCAAUGAGGCCGUCUCUGAGAUGCAGAAGCGGCUACACUUCCUGUCUGGGGAUGUCCAGAAGAAGGUGCAAGAUGCAAUGCUGCAGAAAGCUGCACAGGAAGCACGGGAGAAAUAGGAGAAGGACACGAGAAACUACUAGAUGCAGGUCACGAGCGAAGAAAAAGAGACCAACUCGAAGAACGCUAAGGAUUAGACGAAGAAGUCAAGAAGUCAAGCUGAGCACCUUGGAACCACAGCUACUAGUAGCAAGAAGCUACUAGGUUGGAGGCCAUUGCUACUAGUAGCAAGAAGCUACUAGUAGCAAGGUGCAUCGCUACUACCAAGCUGAGCAACUUGAAGGACAAGCUGGGCGAAUCCACCCAAGAUGAGACCGACUUCAAGUCUAAUCCAUCCAGUUUGCUGGCUGUGCUUAUUCACCUCGGCCAUGGUUCGUCAGCUCCAACAUGGCCAACUCUCUUUGUCGCCAACUUUCGUUCAAUUUGAUGGGCUUGCGAAAACUGGUGGGCCCCGAAGGCAAGCUUUCAAGCACGGGUCAGACAGGCAAAGACUUUGCGAACAUUCAACCCUUCAUUGCACAAAUAGCCAGCAAGCUAGCGACUAGUGGACUUGCAAAUGAACAGAUGGAAUUGCGGUUCACGACUUUGAAGGAAGCACGAUGCUGAGCUGUGUGAGGCUAAUUUGGGCGGAAACAUGACAGAUGCAAAAUGCUUAAUGUGCUUAAUGCUUUUACAAAUGCAAAAUUUGAGAUUGCAUGAGAUGCUUUGCAAGGCCAUGAAGGUUGUUUUAGAGGUGAAGAGCGAGGACUAAUCGAUACUAUUUCUGAGCAAUAUUUAUUGAUUCAAUCCUGUGGGAAGAAGCAGGAAUUAAAGCUGGCGUGAAUUCUGAAAUAAGACCUGCUUGUCCUCCCUUUGCUUCUUGACAACUCCCCCGCGCUGUGAACACCGCACCGGGGGCUGUGUACAAAGGCAACAAGAAAUGUGCA